AUGGGUGAGAAGCUCGGGAGGAGGGGAAGAUCAAUCCAUGGUGUAGGUGUUUUUCCUCGCUUGGAGACCUCUAGCUCAUGCACUCCUUCUUCAAUGGCUUCAAGUUCUGAGUUGAGUGCAAUUUAUGAUCAGCUCAAGAUGCUAUCAAUUAAUUUUGUCACUUUGCGAAAGGAGAAUGAAGAUUUGAGAGCCCAAUUGAGGUCUGUUUUGACUGCAUCUCAUGGCCAGACCAACACCAACUCUAGAGGUAGUAAUGGUGUCCAUUCUGAUAAUGAUUAUUAUUAUGAACUAGCAAACCACAAUCUUGAUGAAAAUUGA